AUGGUCCGUCUCGCAAUUCUCGCCACUAUCCUCGCCGCCACCUCUGCCCAGGCUGCUAUAUGGUGCCAGUGUCUUUUCCCUGAUGCAUCUCACUGCUGUGUUCAAACAGGAGCCGGAAGCUGCGAAGAGAAGUGCGCAAAUGCCGCCAAGCCACUGCCUUGGGAUGGCGGUGCCUUGACUCAGCGAAGCCAAAGAUGCAAUGCUGGCGGCAAAGGAUUUGGAAUCAGCCCUAUUACUGCUCAGGGACGUACUCAAUGUGUUUAG